AUGGAUAAUUUCAGUGAGUUCGUCCUGAAUGAGGGUCACGUCAGGUGUGGUUUGGGCAUAGUGUUAUGCAAACCAACAACUAUUAAUUUUCAUGUUAAGCGACUAAAAACAGCAGCAACAAAAAGCUUUCUGAAAAACGGGUGCCGGGAGCCCUGUCUCCUUCCCAAACGGGGACUAUGGGCGGGCUCGUCCCUUGGAGUGAAGCUGCACCCCCUCGUUUCCUUUUGUCUUUUCGAAGGAUUAGGACUGUCAUGGCGCUUUCGAGAAGAGGGAGAAGGCCUCGCUUUCGUCCGGCAGAAUUACUUGGGGCACCUCGACUGGGUGGAGGUGGACAGAGAGACAGGAGACAACGCUGGCAAGCCGUCGGGCCGGAGCCCCGCAAGGGGAGGAGACCCGGCAGGAGGCUGCCCUGAGAGCGCCCGUCUGCGGGAACCGCCCCCCGCCGCCCUGUCCAUGGAAACCGUGCGGCGCCGCGGCACCGCCCAUCUGUUGGUCCGGACGCCGCGAGGGCGGGGGCCGCAGUUCGGUUGCGCUGCGGAGCGCAGCUGUGAGGGAGUCGCCUGCGAUCCGAGGGCCCCGGAACCCGAGCUGGAGCUGAAGCGCAGGCUGCGGGCGCCGAGUCGGGAGGCUGAGUGUUCAUUCCAGCAUGUCGGAAGGGGGAGUCCCAACAUAGUAGUCAGCAGUGGCUCAGACCCAAAGGUAGAAUCCUCCUCUUCAGCUCCUGGCCUGACUUCAGUGUCACCCUCCUGUGACCUCUACAACCUCGCUGCUUCUCGGGAGGAAGAAGAAAGUGAAGAUGAGUCUGAGAUCUUGGAAGAGUCCCCCUGUGGACGCUGGCAGAAGAGGAGGUCUCAGGUGAAUCAGCGUAAUGUUCCAGGUAUUGACAGUGCAUACCUGGCUAUGGAUACAGAGGAAGGUGUGGAGGUUGUAUGGAAUGAGGUACAGUUCUCUGAACGCAAGAACUACAAACUGCAGCAGGAAAAGGUCCGUGCAGUGUUUGAUAAUCUGAUUCUUGAACAUCUUAACAUUGUUAAGUUUCACAAGUAUUGGGCUGACGUUAAAGAGAACAAGGCCAGGGAAGUGCUUCACUUUCGUAGGGUGAUUUUCAUCACAGAAUACAUGUCACUGGAAGCCUUAAGCAGUUUUCUGAAGAAGACCAAAAAGAACCACAAGACUAUGAAUGAAAAGGUACGGAGGGAGGCUAGCUAUAAACGCUGGUGCACACAGAUCCUCUCUGCCCUAAGUGCCCCCACAGCUACCAUGCACUCCUGUGACCCUCCCAUCAUCCAUGGGAACCUGACCUGUACACCAUCUUCAAUCCAGCAGCACAACGGACUCAUCAAGAUUGGCUCUGUGGCUCCUGAUACUAUCAACAACCAUGUGAAGACUUGCCGGGAAGAGCAGAAGAACCUACAUUUCUUCUUUGCACCAGAGUAUGGAGAAGUCACUAAUGUGACAACAGCUUUGGAUAUCUACUCCUUUGGCAUGUGUGCACUGGAGAUGGGCAGUGCUGAGACAGGCAAUGGAGAAUCCUCAUAUGUGCCACAGGAAGCCAUCAGCAGUGCCAUCCAGCUACUAGAAGACCCACUACAGAGGGAGUUUAUUCAAAAGUGCCUGCAGUCUGAGCCUGCCAAGACCACAGCCAGAGAACUUCUGUUCCACCCAGCACUGUUUGAAGUGCCCUCACUCAAACUCCUUGCUGCUCACUGUAUUGUAGGACACCAACACAUGAUCCCAGAGAAUGCUCUAGAGAGAGUCACAAAAAACAUGGAUACCAGUGCUGUACUAGCGGAAAUCCCUGCUGGGCCAGGACGAGAACCAGUUCAGACUUUGUACUCUCAGUCACCAGCCCUGGAAUUAGACAAAUUUCUUGAAGAUGUCAGGAAUGGGAUCUACCCUCUGACAGCCUUUGGGCUACCUCGGCCUCAGCAGCCACAGCAGGAGGAGGUGACAUCGCCUUUUGUGCCCCCUUCUGUCAAGACUCCAACUCCUGAGCCAGCUGAGGUGGAGACACGCAAGGUGGUGCUGAUGCAGUGCAACAUCGAGUCAGUGGAGGAGGGAGUCAAACACCAUCUAACACUUCUGCUGAGCUGGAGGAGCAAGCUGCACCGGCACCUGAGCUGUGACCUGAUGCCAAAUGAGAACAUCCCGGACUUGGCAGCUGAGCUGGUGCAGCUGGGCUUCAUUAGUGAGGCUGAUCAGAGCCGCCUGACUUCUCUGCUCGAGGAGACCCUCAACAAGUUCAAUUUUGCCAGGAACAGCACCCUCAACUCAGCCGCUGUCACCGUCUCCUCAUAGAGCUCACUUGAGCCAGGCCCCUAUCUGAGUGUGGCUGUCCCUGGACAUGCUGCAGUCCUCCUGUCCCUUCUCCCCAGUCAGUAUUACCCUGUGAAGCCCCGUCUCCCCCUUAUUAUUCAGGAGGGCUUAAGGGGCUCCCUGAUUGAGCAUCAUCCUGCCCCUACCCCUCUCUUCCUCCCCUCUGCACUUUGUUUACUUGUUUUGCACAGACGUGGGCCUGGGCCUUCUCAGCAGCCACCUUCUAGCUGGGGCUAGUAGCUGACCUGCUGGCUCCUGCCCUGCCUGUAUGGACAGGAGGCCCACGGGCACUGGGGGAGCAGAGUUCUACAAUCCCGCUGGGGCGGAUGGGCGGGAGAGAAAGGUGGUGCUGCAGGGGUGGCCCCGGGGGCCAUUUCGAAUCGCCUCAGUUGCUGCUGUAAUAAAGUCUACUUUUUGCUAAAA